AUGGCCAACAGCGCCGCGUCCGGGUCAGACCAUUAUGGGCAUCUCCUGCGGGAUAAUCUGUACAAAUCGCUCAAUUUGUUCGCCGGAGAGUUCGCGGCUCACCCCUUCAACCCUUUGGACGAGUUCACGCGUCGCCGCCUUUCGUGCAAGAUUCUGUCGGACUAUGGCCCCGUGUUGAACUACCAGCCCAAGGCUCCCAAGACGCAAGCGCCAAGCGCCCAAACCCAGGAAUCCGCAGCGUCUACGCCUGCGAAGGAAGCGCCAGUGAUUAACGUCCGCAAGGCCAAGACCCCGAUUGCCGAAGUCGUGGAUGGACUGCACGCCGCGUUGUCCAGCUCUCGUCCCGUGUCUAACAAGCUGGCGUACUUAGAUGCAGCCGUAUCGGAUGAAGUCAACUUCGGCAUUGUGCGCAAGCGCCCACUGCUGGCGCUGGGCGCUGGCGACUCCGCUAAGCGACACGAGCAUGGCGCUAUCCGUGCCGUCGACAAAGGCGACAGCACCGAUACGAGCGCCAUCACUUCUUACCUGCGGGAGACAGUCGCAGGUGGCCAUUCUAUCGCAACCCUCGGCAUAAAGCCGAAAACUGACGUCAUCCGUCGCAACAAGCCCAAAUGGCACCCUCCGUGGAAGAUGUACCGCAUGAUCGUUGGCCACCAGGGGUGGGUGCACUGCGUGUCUGUCGACGUGUCUAACCAGUGGUUCGCGACCGGCAGCUCCGACCGCCUGAUUAAGAUUUGGGACCUGGCGACGUGCCAAUUGAAGCUUUCUCUGACCGGCCACAUCAACGCCGUGCGUGACCUGAAGAUCUCCGACCGUCACCCUUACCUGUUCAGCUGCGGAGAAGACAACACCGUGAAGUGUUGGGAUAUAGAGCGUAACAAGGUGAUACGCAGCUACCACGGCCACCUUUCAGGUGUGUACUCUCUGGCUCUGCACCCAGGUCUGGAUGUACUGUUUAGUGGCGGCCGUGAUGCCGUCGUUCGCGUCUGGGAUAUUCGAACUAAGGAAUCUGUGCACGUUCUCACCGGCCACACCGGCACUGUUAUGAGCCUGGUGUCCCAGAGAGCUGAGCCACAGGUGAUAUCCGGCUCCCAGGACAAGACUGUCCGGCUGUGGGACCUGUCUGCCGGCAAGACAGUCACCACCCUCACCAACCACAAGAAGAGCAUCCGCGCCAUGGCCGUUCACCCCAGCGAGUACACGUUCUGUAGUGCCGGCGCAGACAACGUCAAGGUGUGGAAGUGCCCCGAAGGCGUGUUCCACCGCAACAUCGGCGGUCACAACUCGAUCUUGAACUGCGCCGCCAUAAAGGACGACGGGGAGUCGUCGGUGCUUGUAGCCGGCUCCAACAACGGCCAGCUGCACUUCUGGGACUGGCACAGCGGCUACAAGUUCCAGACGCUCGAAAGCGUGGUGCAGAAGGGCUCACUGGAGAGCGAGAACGGCAUUUUCGGGUGCGCGUUCGACAUGAGUGAGAGCCGCCUGAUCACCGCCGAGUGCGACAAAACCGUAAAGAUCUGGAUCCAGGACCCCGAGGCGACGCCUGAGACCCACCCCGUGGUCUGGAAGCCCGAGGCUGCGUCGAGGCAAUACUAG